AUGGAUAUUAGUAUUGAAGAUGACGAAAGGACUCUAACCAUGGUGGAACCAGAUUUUCCAUUGUCAUCUGAUGACAAGAAGGACAACCCCGCAGAGAUUCCCAAGCAGCUGCUUGUAGCUCCUGAACCUGUAUUAACUGCUCUGGAGACUGAAGUACAUGUUCCACUACUAACUGACAAGCAACAGGUACCCGAGAAUCCCCAGCCACAAUUUGACAAUGUAUCACCUCCUGAUGGUCAUAAUCAGGAAACCAUUGCUGAAGGAAAUACCUCAACCAAAGCUGAAGAUAACAAAGAUGAGAUACUGAGGCUUCUUCAGAAAUCCUUUUCUGACUUGACAAGUGUCUCGGACCUUCAGUCCUUUUUGUUCCUUUACUCAAGGGUACGAGUAAUGGUUUCAGUAGAAAAGCUCCUAGAGUUAAAUGGAGAAACAUGUGUGACAGCAGUCAACACUGGUGAUACCACCAUAGUUUGUGGGGAUAAGGUGUCAUAUAAUGUGACAAGCUGUGGCUCCAGAGUUGAAAUUGUGUGGAAGUGCAAAAAAGGUCAUUGCAAAAAAUGGGAAUCAUCUGAGGUUCUUGUCACCAAGAGGAGUUCCAACAUUUAUCUCAAUGAUUCCCUUCAAGCUGCUGCUAUUAUUAUCUCUGGGAACAAUUAUGAGAAGUUUUCCCUCCUUGCAAAGGCAUUAAAUUUAAAUUUAAUUAGUGUGUCAACAUUUAAUCGCUUCCAGAAGCAUUGUGCUGAACCUGUGGUGCGUAACAUCUGGCAAAAAAUGAAUUCACUAAUCCAGAAGAUCCUAAAUCACUAUGAUGAAAUAUGUUUAUGUGGGGAUGGUCGAAAUGAUUCUCCAGGCCAUUCGGCACGUUACUGUGUAUACACACUCAUGGAACAUGCCACAAAUGUUAUUGUUGAUUUUGAAGUUGUGGAUAGUAGGGAAACUGGUGGCAAUUCUGUGAACAUGGAGCGCGAGGGGCUUCGAAGGCUGUUGGAGAAAAUGGCUUCCACAAUGCCAUUCAGCGAUGCAUCCAGUUCCAUUAUGAAACUUGUGCGCGAAACUAAAGGUAUCUUCUCGAUCUUAGUGUAUCUUUUAUGUUGAAAAAUGAGUUCAUGGUUCGACAUACACUCCAGGGUAUGAAAUACUGUUUCAUACUUUAUGGAAGAGGAAAAGAACUCUUCUCCAAUGUCAAGGCUCGACAGUGAUUUUACUUUUUUUGCUGAACUUUGUGUUGGCAAAAAUGCUUUAUGUGAAAUGAAUACUAAAUUCACUUUUUGAACUAAGGAUAAAAAUGAACUACUGCAUAUACCAGUACAAUAGCUGUUAUUUCACACUUAAAGGAGCUCCACAAUUAUAUUUUCCUUUCAGGUAUUUAGUAAAUUUGCUGAAUUAUUAUUUAUAAUAUGUACCUAUGUAAAAAUAUCUUUUACAGACAAAUAUCCACAGCUGCUUGAGCUCUUUCAUUCUUUGGAUAUUUGGCAUAAGGCCAAAAAAUUGAGCAAGUGUCUCCACCAAGUGGGUAUCAGAUUUUUUUUUUCACUUGAUCAUGCCAAUCAAAUCACACAUUUACUGUAUUAAACAAUAUUAUUAUUCCACUCGCGCUUGUUGGGUAUGAUCAGUAUGAGAUGAUUAUAGCCAACUCGGUGCUACACCAUCUCAUUUCCAACUAGCGCUUGUGGAAUAAAACGCCUACAAAAUAUCCAGAAUUCUUCCCCACUUUAUUUAUAAAACAACCGAUUUUCAGCUUGUUUUUAAUUUUGAGCAGACGCAUACUUUACCCUAUAUGGAGAGUAUGGUAUAAUGGCUCAUAUACCAUGAUGGCUAAGCCAAUCAGAGCUCUAGAACUGCAUUAUCCAAUGAUUCAGUUUUUACAUGAAAUAAUAAUAUCAUAAAUAUCUGUUUCUAAAGGCGGCUUUAUGUAUUCAGUUGUUUUAAAAUAAACAGCCAUAAUAAUAAUGUUUAUUUAUAGGCGGCAAAGAUGAAAGGGUGUGAGGCUAUUAAGCCAUGGAUUGAGGACAUUGUCAAUCACUUCUGGUUCUGCUGCCAGAGCUGUAACAGGGAUGUGGAAGAACUGAAGGUCAGUAAAAAUGUGACAACUUUUAAAAUUAUUCAGAGGUGAUGGCAUGUUGAUUUCUUUGUUUUUAUUAAAAGCAUUUCAAGAACAACUGGUAGUCAUAAUGGCAGUGACUUACAGGUGUACAUGCAUGAUUGUGUAAUUAUGUAUGGGACCUUUGUUGUUUUGAAAUCUGUGUUCCCUAAUUACUUUGUUGUGAAUUGUAUUUGAAAUAGGACUCUACUGAAUCUAAAACGUUUUCAGGAUGUAUUAGUAAAUCUUACAAAUUUAUUCUCUUACAGGAUACAUGGUUUGGCGUUCUACAUCACGUGUGUGGUGAGCACAGCUGGGGAGGUGGUGAAUGCAAGCAUGACCCUGAAACGGUUUCAAACCAAGAAAAAGCUUAUCUGCAGAAAUCAUCUAAGGCGAUGGUGGCCUUGAGGAAUGUAGUGCUAGACAAGAAGUGGCUGCCCCACAUUGCUUUCUAUGUUAGGUUCAGGUGAGACAAAGAUGGAAUCUUGCAGCCCUUUGUUAAGUACAACUUGCAAAGUAUAUCUUGAGGAAGAUACCAUUUCAUGCCCCGUAAGCAGGCCAUCUUUAGUCAGUUCAGUCUACUUGUUUACAGGAGAGGUUUUCAAAACCAAACAUAUCUUAGGUCUAGCUCAAAAACUUAAAAUGUCUUCCACAGUGAGGAUGAGAAUUCCUUCAUUAAGCAUUAAUGGGAAAAGUCUAAAUAUUAAUUCUAAGUUCUGAUAAACAUUGUAACUUGUCUCUCUCAUGGAAGUGAAUUACCGGUAACUAUGCAGGACUUCCUCUAACAUACACAUUUAAUAACUCCCUUAUGCCACAGACACACAAGUGUUCUUGAGAGCUUUAACAGCAUGCUGACAAAGUAUGCCCCAAAGAGGUCAUCAUUUGAGUAAGUAUUAUUAUGUCAAGUAUAUUGUAGGGUAUGCAGUGAUGGAUACUUUCUGAAAACAUAUAAAGGAAAACUUUGAAGCAACUGUUUACUAUAGGUAGCUUCAAAAUAAUGGUGUACACUAUGCUGAUAUUCCCACGUCUGCUGUGUGAUAUUGUUUAUCAUCCAUACAUUAUGAGAUAUGCAACAGGAACAUACAUGUACAGCUACAAAAUGUAUCUAUUUUUUGGCAGCCACUUGCUUACACUGCAAAUCAGUUAUGUACAUUUUAGUGGCAAUAUUUCAGUCAAUGUCCACAAACUUUACAUCGUUAAUUGGGGUGCCAUUCUCUUUUUUUGCUUUUUUUGGGGAAAAAUUUACAAUUAUUGUUUUGAUUUUUACUUGUUUUAGGUAUCCAUUUUUCAUCAUGAGAAUAAUGUUAGCUGCUAUUGAUCACAACAUGCAUUUGUUUAGAGGGAGUAAAACAAAGGCAGAUGGAACCGAGUGUGGGCACCGAAAGUACAGCAAGAGAACUAAAAAAUAUCAUGCAGAACCUGUCAAACAGGAUAAAGAGUACAAUUACUUUCCCUUCUUGAUAGCAAGAAUGCUAAAAGAAAGAUCCCAGUUCGAGGGAAGCUUCACUCAGCGCACGGACGACAACGCCUUUAAUCCAAAGCAGAUAGCCCCCGACACUUGGCAUGAAAGAACCUCCCCCAACAGAAGUAUUAAUGAAGGGUCCGUCACGUUUUGA